AUGGAGAGCCUGAAUUCACGUCCCGGUACUCCAAAUUCCUCCUUCUACACACCCCUGCUGAUAUCCAUGAUUGGCGUAAUCUCCACUUGCGUAGUUUUAGUAAUCUAUCACUUCAUCUUAAUCAGGUACUGCCACAGGAGGACUCCUCAAACCGCCUCCAGUGGCAACGCUGUGGCUCAAGCAGUCCCCGGAUCCCCGUCACUACCCUCUGGAGUCGACCACAAACUCCUGGAAACCAUCCCGAUCAUUGCCUACUCAUCCACCAAACAACAGGGCGGUGAUCAUUCUUUGUUUCGCGUGGAUCAGAGCGAAUGCGUCGUUUGCUUGGGUGCGCUGGAACAAGGAGAAAUGGUGCGUUUGUUGCCAAAUUGUAGGCACGCUUUCCACGUCCCCUGCAUCGACGAAUGGUUCGUGGCGCAUGCCAGCUGCCCCGUUUGCAGGUCCCCCAUUGUCGCCCCGGCGGCGACGGUGAAUGACGAUAUUCCCCCGUCGCCACCUCCGCCGCUGCAAGUGUUUACUUCUUCAUCAUCGUUUGAUGUUGGAAGCAGUAGGGUUGAGUUUCCGGGUCAAGAUUAUGGUAACGAUGCUUCCUCCUCAUCGUCAUCAUCAUCAUCAUCGGGGUCUUUUGGAUUGCUUCGGCAUUCUGGGUCUUUGGUACUACUGCCUACGGAGAGGGCGUCAUCGUCGGCACGUGUAAUAACAGGGCUGAAGCGGUCAUUGUCAAUGGAUCAAUCUUCUGUGAUCAUUGAGAUGCAGGGGGAGAGCAGUACAGAUGAUGACGACGCAGCGACGACUACGGUUGGGGCAUUUCGAUCCGUGAGGCAUUUCGAUCGUGUCUCCGCAAAAUUCCUGAGUUCCUUUUCUCGAUUACGUUUGGGGAACAAUAAUGAAAUUCUUCCGUACUGA